GGAAUGCGUGGGGGGGAGGCAGUUGGAGAGAGAGCUCUUGGACAGCAGAAAUGAGCCCUGAAAAGCAUCUUGAGGAAGGCGAUGAAGUUGACUCCGUUCUCCUUUCAGCGUCCAAGAUCCUAAAUUCCUCUGAGGGAGUAAAGGAAAGUGGUGGUAGUGAACCAGACUAUAGCUGUAUAUCAGAAUCAGAAAAUCAAAUCCAACCACAAUCAGCAUUGAAAGCCCUUCAGCAUCAACUGGAAUCAUUUCAGGCUCUCCGAAUGCAGACUUUGCAGAAUGUUAGCAUGGUACAGUCUGAAAUCAGUGAAAUACUGAAUAAAAGCAUUAUCGAAGUAGAAAACCCACAAUUCAGCUCAGAAAAAAAUCUGUUCGGCACACACAUUGGAAAGACUUUGGAAGAAUGGACUGCCAGAGAUGAAAACAAGGAAAUUCCUGUCCUGAAAACCCUAAAAGAUCCUAUAGAGAAUCAAGAAGAAAUCCUUUCUAUGGAGAAAAUUCAUCAUUUUGAAGAUUCUAGGACUCUUCGUUCAGUGGAAGAAAAAUUCAGUAGCGAUAGUGCUAACAGUCUCUCACAAGGUAUAGAUGUUCCAACCCAGGUACAUUUCAAGGACAUAUUAACUUCAACAGAUAAUUCAGCUUCAAACAUAAUUAUGAACCCUUCAGAAAAUUCUGACAUGUUGAAGAAUUGUAAUAACCUUUAUAGUUUUCAUCCUAACAUACCUCAAAAUGUGAUGUCCCAAGCUAAUACAGUAAUUCUGGAUGAAUCCAAAAUUACUGUGCCUUUUCUCAAGCAUGGAUUUUGUGAAAAUCUAGAUGAUAUUUGCCAUUCUAUCAAACAAAUGAAGGAAGAACUUCAAAAGUCACAUGAUAGGGAACUCAUACUUACAAAUCAACUUAAAACCUUAAAAACUGAUACAAAUGUUCAAAGUAAUGAUAAAAAUGACCUCUCCCCCAUUCACAAGAAAAAUAUUAAUUUUAUUAAGGAAGAAAAUAUAGAAGGUGACUUAAAUGAAGACAUAAAAUCAAAGAGAAUUUCAGAAUUAGAGGCAUUAGUAAAUAAAUUACUCCCACUCAGGGAAAGAGUGUCAAAAUUCCAUGUGACUUUUUGUAGAAAAUGUAAAAAAUUAUCUAAGAGUGAAACACAUAAGGUAAAGAAGAAUGAGAAAAAUGAGAUUUCUAUCACUGGCAAGAAUAUUACAGAUUUAAAAUUCCACUCCAGAGUUCCCACAGAUGGACUGUCAUUCUUUGACCAAGCAAAACAUGAAAUGAAAAACAAAGAAAGGCAACCAUUUGUUGUAAAACAAGGAUCAACAGAUAUGAAAAUGAGAAAAACAUCCAAAGCCAAUUCUGUUACUGAGCAGUGUGUUGCAAAAAUUCAGUACUUACAAAAUUACCUAAAAGAAUCCAUGAUGAUACAGAAAAAGGUAACUGAACUGGAGAAUGAAAAUCUAGCUCUUAAAACCAGAAUAAAACCUCUUGUCUCUACCACACAAUCUCUGAUACAGAAAGUUGAAACAUAUGAAAAGCAAUUUAAAAAUCUGGUUGAAGAAAAGAACACUAUUCAGUCCAGGUUAAUUAAAACAGAAGAAGACGGAAAAGCAUGUCUUAAAGAGUUGAAAACAGUAAGUAGUAAAUACAAUGUUCUCCAAAGCCAAAAUAAAAGUCUAGAGGAAAGAAACAGUCAACUUUCCUUGGAGAAGCAACAAAUGAUAGAAACAUUAGAUCAGCUAAAAAGUAAGGAACACAAAACUCAAAAUGAUAUGGCCAUUGUCAAUACUGAAAAUAAUCGAAUGAAUAUUGAAAUGGAAUCAAUGAAAACAAAAAUUCUAUUAAUACAAGAUGAAAAAGAAAUGGUAGAGAAAAAAACACACCAGCUUUUAAAGGAGAAAGCUCACUUAAAUGAACUGAAAGAGAAUCAGUUGGAGAUAAUAAAACUAAAAGAGAAAGAGAGAUUGGCCAGAACGGAACAAGAGACACUUCUUCAAAUAAUAGAAACAUUUAAAAAUGAAAAACUUAAUCUUGAAACAACAUUACAAGAAUCUACUGCUGCUAGACAAAUGAUGGAGAGAAAAGUUGAGAAUAUUCAAACAUACCAAUCUACUGCAGAAGAGAAUUUUCUGAAAGAAAUAAAAAAUGCAAAGUCAGAAGCAAGUAUUUAUAAGAAUAGCUUGUCUGAAAUGGGGAAGGAAUGUGAAAUGUUGUCAAAAAUGGUAAUAGAAAUUAAAGCAGAUAAUCAGAUUCUAAAAGAAGAACUAAAAAAACAUAGUCAAGAAAAUAUAAAAUUUGAGAACAGCAUCAGUAGGCUUACUGAAGACAAAGUGCUUUUAGAAAAUUAUAUUAGAAGUAUAGAGAAUGAAAGAGAUACCUUGGAGUUUGAGAUGCGGAAUCUUCAACGAGAAUAUUUAAAUUUAAGUGAUAAAAUCUGUAGUCAGCAUAAUGAUCCAUCAAAAAUGGCUUACAUGUCAAGAAGGGAGAAAUACCAUUUUGACAACCAUGAUACUUAUGAAGAAACUUCUAGUCCUAGGAGUAGGCCUGUAGCUCCUGAUUUGAAAGGUAUGUAUAUUGUGAUAUAUUAGUAGAUAUGUGUUUAAAUUCUUUUAGUCUAUUAGGCACUAGCUAGAGUACAGUAAAAAAUAAGGAAACUUUAAAAUGAACACAAUCUAGUUUUGUAAGAAUUGAAUCCAAUUUAUUAGAAGCUGGAAUUAUUUGGAAAUGUUGCCCUUUUGACAAAAUUCAUGUUAUAUUAGUUACUUACAUACUUUGUAUAGGCACCAAGCAACUUUGGCAGUGAACAGGUUAAUUUUUUUAUUAUUCUAAAGUAUAAUUAGCACUCCAGCUUUAAAAAAAAAAAUCCUCUUUUUUUUUUUU